CUGCCAUUUGCAACUGCAAACUCCGAUUUGCUUCUCGUUGCGAAGCGCGAAGCCAAAAUUUUGUCUCGGAAGCCAUUUCCCAAGACAUCAAGACCCAUCACACCACCAAAAGCGCAAACAUCAACCGACCCUCGUGCUAUACUCCGAUCUAACUUCCCCAGCAAGUAUAUAUAUCAGAAUCCAAAAGACCAAGUCAUUGUAGCCUACUCACGACAAUCCACUUAGUCUACUUGUGAAAGAGAAUGGUCCGAUUGCCGUUGCAUCUCUCCGUGCUGUUGGCAGUGUCUUCUUGUGAAGCCUUUUCCUCGCGACGAGCAGCCCUUGGCAAGAGACAUCUCCCGUUCUUUUCCAACGACCGCCUCCAGACGACAUUUUUGAACUAUCAAUCCAAUACUACGGACGUUGCCUUGCCACCUUGGGUGACGGAAUGGCACCACAUUGCUCCCUUGGAGGAGCGGACUGUAUUAUGGCCCGACGAAGAACCGUUGCCACUCGGAAAAGCUCCACGGAUACGAGAUGAUGAUGAGGAACUGUCGUUUGUCCAAGAAACAACGACAACAACAACAGCAGAAAAACAACCCAUGUCCGAUGUCGCCAAGGCACGGCUGUUACUGCUGGGAUCUGCGGCACUCUAUGGGACCAACUUUUCACUGGUCAAGAUUUUGGGAGAAACGGGCAUGUCCGUGGGUCUCUCAUCGACUCUGCGGUUUGGAAUGGCAGCACUGGCGACAUUGCCCUGGUUGCUUUCGGUCGAUGACCAUGACGACCAGAGUAGUAGCAGUAGUUAUUUGCAAAAACUCUUUGAUCCCUCGGGAACCGAGUUUCGAGCCGCCAUGGGAGGCUUGGAAGUGGGCAUGUGGAACGCGAUUGGCUAUGUCGCACAGGCAGUAGGGUUGGAAACCACUUCGGCAUCGAAAUCCGCCUUUUUGUGUUCCUUGGCGGUCGUAACGGUACCCAUUAUUGACUACCUGGCUGGCAAGACACUGCUUUCACGGCAAGUGAUUGGAGCGCUCUUGGCGGUGGUGGGUGUGGCAUUCUUGGAGCUAGAAGGAGGAAUUGGAGCCAAUACGGGGCUGGAAGCAGGAGACAUUGCUUCCUUGAUACAACCGUUGGCCUUUGGAAUUGGCUUUUGGCGCAUGGAAGCGGCCAUGACCAAGUUCCCCGAAGAAGCAGAUCGAGCCACUGCAGCACAACUGCUCGCUGUCUUUCUGGGAUCGGCUGGGUACAUGCUCGCCACUAAUACAUUCUCGGAUCCUACCACCAUUCCUCCCAUGGAACAGUUGGUUUCUUGGGUGACAGAUCCAGCCAUUCUGGGAGCACUCUUUUGGACGGGGGUCGUGACAACCGCUCUUACAAUCUACAUGGAAACGGUGGCUCUCAAGACUCUGAGCGCAGCCGAAACAACGCUCAUUUUCAGUACAGAACCGCUCUGGGGUACUGCCUUUGCCUGCGUCGUCAUGGGAGAGACAUUGGGCUUGAAUGCGGCUGCUGGGGCCGUUAUGAUCUUGUUUGGGUGUGUCUUUUCCAACUUGGGGCUCGAUGGGAUGAUAUCCUUCCUGCCAGGACAACCAGACAAAAAGGAGUCGGCAGACAGUGACAACAAAGACGUCACGAUGAUGAUCAACCUGGAGCAACCGCUUGAGCUCAGUGCUGAUGACAGCACUGCAACGUUGUUUCCAUCCGUUGCCCCCACUGUUGCAACCACAUCCAACCAAAACCUGUUGCCAACCGAUCCCUUGACAAAGUUUUCCCUAAAGUCUACAGUAGCAACUACACUAGCAGGGGUCGUAGCAACCAUUGAAGAUAUUGUUCCAUAACAAAACUCUGCAGCAAGCCCAGCAAUCAAUAGAUUGACCGAACCUGGAACGCUGCAAACGAGAGACAUGCGACGGUGUCACUACCAGGUACAGUACAUAAUGACAGACUUUUUCGAUCCAUCAGGAUCUUGACCAAAACAAACAGCAUCAAGCUGCAGUACGUAUUACAUGCCUUACACAAAACCGUCCCUGAGGCCAAGUUGAGAGCCGAAACAGAGGACUUUCAUACAUAACCAAAAGAACUACCUAACCUAGAGAGAUAGAUUUUGC